AAAAUACAAACACUUUUUGAUAACAGUUUUGAUUGGGUUUUGAAAUUAAACACACGUUUAAUACUGUGUUAUAAACACAACCAAUGAUUAACACAAUUAGUGUUUAGUUUAGUGUUUAUUACAAGUGAUUUAAUUUACUAAUAAAUAAUUAACAAGUAUUUACAAAACCACUCAAAACUUACCCGAGAAGUGAAACACCCGUUCGGAGCCGAAGACUAUGUCCACCACUCAAGCGGUGGCCCGACGGGGAGGUCGAGGCGGCGGCGGUGGAGGGGCCGCAGCGGCCGCCGACGACUCGGCCGUACAACAGGCUAAUGGUCAACAACAGGCGCCCGUCGAAGCGCAAGCACCGGCACAACCGGCAGGUCUGGCCACUCGUAACCCCCGACCCCACCCUCAUUCCCGCUAUCCGGUGACCAAUUGUGGUAACCGAUUCUGGUCGGUGGCUCAGGGCUUGAUAUUCCGUGGGCUCAUCAUAUACUUCAUCACAUCAUUCUUCAGAGGCCGGUCCGCUCCCCAGACGGCCGGCACCGGUGGGCCCAACAGUCCGCUCACAGGCGCCAAACCCGUCAUCUCUUCAUCUAAUCUAUUCACUAACGGAACAGUUAUGGUAAUGAACGCCUCUCUCACUCACUCCCUAUCACCAACCGAUCCCUCUCUUCUCUCCACUGUUACCACAAGAAUAUUCUGUGCGAUAUAUCAGAGCGAAAACAAUAAGCAAUUGAUUUGCUGA